AUGGCGAUCACCGGUGAGAACAGCUGCGGUGAUGAUGACGACGAUGCACUUUACGCCGCCACCGAGAUGCGGGAGGCCAAAACGGGACUAGAUUUUCUAGUUUCUGCGCUCUCCCAUGAAAAAGAGAAGCCAGCUCCCGUCGCCUCAGUAGCAAACAAUGGUGAAGCGUCUGGCCUCUGCCGCGGAGACGAUCGCCCCCAGCCCGCGCAUACUGCUAAGCCGGCCGUGCCGUCAGCAGCCGGACCGAGCGUCCGCUUGCCAUCUCGUGCAUCGUCGUCGAAGCCUCCGCCUCGUUACAAGCAGGCCGUGCUCCGUUGGGCCGAUCCAACAGAUCCUGGACGUCCUCUCGCUGAUGCGGGCGAGUCGGUAAACCACGUUAUGCCCAUGCCAUCCAAUUCUAAUAAACCGUCACUAACCACUCUGAUUUACGAAGAGGCCCUGGAAACGUUCAAGUCGACGUGGUCGACAGACUACCCAUGGCUCAUCCUCAUCAAAAACACUGCUGGCAUGCCUGCGUUCAAGUGCAGAUUGUGCAUCGACUUUGCAGGUGACGGUGGCAAGUGUGGCAAGAGUGGGCACGGUGCAACCGAUCUUCAGACCCAAGCCUUUAAGCGGCAUGCCGCGACGAACAAGCACCAGUUGGCCAUCAAUCACCAGAAGCAGAUGCUAGCUCAGGCUGGGAAGCAGCCGCGAAUUGACGAGCAUCCGCUCGCCAAAGAUGACGAGAUGACCCGCGUCAUCGGCCUUCUGAACUCCCUUCACUUCACCACCCAGAACCAUCUGCCGAUGGAGACGUGGGUGCGCCUCGUUCGGGAAGCGCUCGCGGCCAAGGACGCGGCAGAGUCCCUACCGGAGUUUGGCAUGGUCGACAGCUUCAUCCGCUGGCUCUCCACCUACCUCGGCUCAUCCGGAACCUGGCACCAGCGCUUCCUGGACCUUCAGGAAGUCUUCACUCAGACUAACCUGGAGCUCCAAGGAAUCAAUGAUGUGCGUUGGCUCUCGCGCGGCGAUGCAGUCUGCCGACUUCUUGCAGUCCUUCCGGGUGUCGUCGUGAUGGUGCACGAGCUGGGAAACAAGCCCAUGUACCAGAUGGUGACAAGCUACAGAUUCCAGUUCAUGCUGCGCUUCCUCGCUGACGUGCUGGAACAGCUGAACGUGCUCAGCAAGACGUUCCAGCAUCGACAGAUUGACCUGCUGGCGAUUCAAGGCCAGAUCCGUCGCAUGACAACCCACAUCAACAACCGUUAUGUGGAUUGUGGCGACGACUUCGGCGGCGGCCUGAGCGAGAAGCUGUCGCCCUUCAUUGCACGACAUGGACCGAACGGGGUGCGGAGAGUGGAGGUUGAGUGGGUUGACUCCGACGGCCGGCCCACUUCUCACUGCUACGUGCUGCAUGAUUCCCCCCUUGAAGGCUACCCCAUUGCAGGGACCCAUGACCGAUGCGUGGAGCAGUGCACGGCGAUGGCGGAGGCGCUAGUGCAUAACCUGGAUGAGCGAUUGGGUUCACUCGACAAGCUGAGCGGUGUGAAGCUGUUCAUGCCCGACGAGUGGCCCCAUGGACGGCAGGAGCGUUCCAUGAUCUGGAGGGCGUACAAGAAGCGCAAGCCCAUCACAACAGUGGCAGCACCAAAGAAGCAAGCUAGUGCUAAGGGGAAAGAGAAGGUGGACGAGGAUGAUGCUGGUGGUGCUGGCUCUGGGUGGGGGACAGAGACCCCCGUGCACAGGCACGGUUCUAUGAGCGAUGGUGGUAGUGACGAAGAUGAAGACAUGUGUGUGAUGUGA